CGCGCCGGCAAGUCUUGGUCUUCAGAAACUCUCAGGGUUGCAGCAGAACACCCUCCCCCUUUCGUCUUAUCCCCCUACCAUCACUACCAUCAUCACCAUCCUCAUUUCGCUGUUUUUUAAGAGAAUCUGAACCCAUCUCCACUCAUUUAUCCACCUCUUUUACGCACACCCCGCCCGCCCUGAACUCGUGUGUGAGUGUGUGGAGGGGUGUCUUUUUUGCGGCCAGUUGCAUGCAUUGUUCGUCUCCCAAAAUGGUUUGCGAGACUAAAAUUGUAGCGGAUGAACACGAUGCUAUACCUGGGACCAAAAAAGAGUCGAUGAUGUGGAGCUCUCCUGCCUCCGGCGCGGCUCUAAACCCCGCCGAGGGGAAGGAUGCGCGGGGGGAUGCGGUUUUUAUCCGCGAGUUCGAGCGCGAGGAUGAAAAGGAGACGCUGCGGAUAUUUCACGAGGGAAUAAUGGAGCGGAUACCGAACACCGCGUUCAGGGGGAUCUGGCAGCAGCCCAGGACACAGUUUAUAUAUGCAUUUCUGACAGUGAUGUGCUUUUACGUGACCAACUCUGUCACUCUGACCUGCUGCGCACCCUUUGUUCUGAUGGGUGCGCGCUACUACUACAGCAGGAAAGUUAUCCAGAGUUAUCUGGACUGUGCCCUGCACACGGACAUGGCCGACAUAGAGGCUUACUACAUGAGGCCAACAGGCUCCUGUUUCUGGGUGGCAGUCCUUGACGGAAGAGUGGUUGGCAUUGUGGCAGCUCAGGGUCACGAGGAGGACAACACCGUGGAGCUGCGGCGUAUGUCGGUGGACUCUCGCUACCGCGGUAAAGGCAUUGCCAAGGCCCUGGGUCGUCGGGUUCUGGAGUACGCCGUGCGCAACAAUUACGCCGCCGUGGUGCUCGGAACCACCGCCGUCAAGCUGGCCGCCCACAAGCUGUAUGAGUCGCUGGGCUUCCACAGGACGGGCCAGAGCGAGGACUACAGGCUACCCGGGAUGAGCCGCUCGCCGCUGGAGAGGCUCUUCUUCCAGAUCCGCCAUAGCCGCUACCGCCUGCAGCUUAAUGAGGAGUGAGAGGUGACAGGGAGAGAGGUGGAUGGAGAGGUGGAGAUGGAGGGAAAGAAGGGACAAAGAGAGUAAAAAUCCUCCUUCAACUUAGAGCCACAACUGGAUCCCUUUUCCUCUGAAAGCUCUUAUUUAUUUUAUGUCAUUAGAAACAUCUUUGAGUAACACUUUUACUAAUUCAUUGUAAAGCCACUAAUGUUGUUAUACUCUGCUUUUGUUGCUGUUACUUUUGUAUUAUACUUUACCUUUUAAUUGAGAUUUCAUCUUUUUCUCAACUUUAUUAACCUACUUUUUUGUGACCCUAACCCAGCCCCCUCCACCUCUUCAGCUCUUUUUAUCUGCAGACGAGGACCCCAGCAACACUAACCCAAUAUCAAACAGUACUAUUGUGAGAAAAAUUAUUCAAUUUUUUUUUUCAAAAAUGUAGAUUUAAAAAAGAGGACACUUAUUUUGAACGUGAAUUGUCCUAAAAACCACAACUUUUUUUUUUUUUUACUGAUCACUGAUAUAAAAUUUUUAACCAAUAUUGAUAUCCCAUAUUAAUAUUGCUGUUUUGGCUGAUAACCUGUGUUACAAUUCUAUAUUUACACAUACACACAUUAACGCUUUGAGACGGUAACGUUCACUGUCACAUGACCAAAGUAUUACCCCUUGACCCCCACCUCCUCCCAAAAUUAAUACACAAACAAUAACUAGAUAGAAGUAAACUUUGGUUAACAUGAGCCCAGUUUUACUUAUCGGACCGAUACGGUUUUUUAUUUCAAGCAUCGGUUGAUAUUGAUGUUAACGCCGAUUUAUGGUGCAUCACUAGAUUUUACAGAUUUUUGUUGUUGUGCUAAAUCUGGUAAAAUUUAUCCUGUUUAUGUGUUCAUUGAACUUUUGUGUUCAGCAAAGAGUUCUUAUUGGAACAAAGGUGUCAAACAUGAGAGUUUGGAUCAAUGCAAAGGAUCUUCUGUCUUUGCAUUUUGAUGUUAGAGUCCACUUACUGGGUUGGCGUGGGUUUUUCUAUAAUUCUCUUUCCGAGUAUUUUUUUUUCUGAAACAAGUGAAAAAUAUUAGCUUCAAAUAUCCACAGUAGUGUAGUUGGGGCCUCAGACCAAAAUCUGAAACUCUCUUCCCCUGUUUGCCCCCUCCCCCAACAUCCCAAGCCUUUAUGUUCUUACAUUUUCCCACAGCAGAGCUCAGCUGAUGGGUUUCAGGCGCAGCGGGGCGCUAAAAGAAAUUAGCAUUCUGCUGCAGUGGGAGGAUGGAUGGAAGGGGAGGUGCAGAUAUGGGUUGUUUGAGAUGGGAGGGGGGCAAAAGUGCUGAGUGUUCAUUUAUUUUUAUGUGUUUACAGUGUUAGAAGUGUGCGUUUACUGAGCCUGGUCUCACACACACACACACAGAGAUCAUUUGAAGACAACAUAUUGAAGCGCAGUCAGUGUGCUGCCCAUCCCUUCAGAGGGACGGAUGAGAGGAUGGCCACUGGAACAUGUCCCGUGUGUCCUACAUGAACACGAGUCUUCCCCACACACCUUCCUCGUUCAUCAACACACUGAUUUCCUAACCUGAUCUGUACCUUUUUUUUUAAAGCACCCCAUCAAUCACUCCUUUAGUCACUUGAGCUGGAGAGAGGGUUUCUGAUUGGUUGAGGUGACAGGAGGGUGGAGCAGAUCAUAAGAGAUGCAAAAGCUGCACGUCAGAGCUUGUGUGUGUGUGUGUGUGUGUUAGUGCAUGUCCGUGUGAUCGUCUCACACUGUUGUUUGAUAUUAGACCGAUGAAUCUAACCUACGCCUUUCUACGAGUCCUAAAAACUGUUUACUGGUUAAAUCAAUCAAAACAUUUAAAAAAUGUUAACAACUGAACCGAUAAUUUGUAAUUUUGUAACUAAAAUACAUUUAAAUAUGCAAAAUUUCCUGUCAAAAGUAUGACAAUGACUAAGUAGCUGUAGCCUACACUUCACAUCCACGUUACUGGGGAAAAAGUUACAACAAGCAAUACUUACAAAUGUACAGUACACCACUGAGCACAAACAGCAAAUACCUAUUAGAAGCCAUCUUCUGCAUGUAUUCGUACCAUGCAUAGGGCUGACUCUCAUGUAGCGUUUGUCCCGUCGCCAUGGUUUCACCAAACAACCAGCAGUGGGCUCAGUACUCAGAGCCUGAGCUGUGUCAUCAAAGCAUUUGUAGAAAGCAACAUAUCAGAAAAUGAUUUAAAAAAAAAAAGCACAAAAGAUUUAAAAAAAAACCCAACCUGGAUAAAAACAAAUAUAUCUAACAAACUCAGCACCGAAUAUCCAUGUGUACCACUCCUGUUUUUCCCUCCCUUUCAUUCAACCCGUCUGCAACCCUGGGCUUGACCAAACCUCCUUGUAUUUAAACGAUAUCCAAUGCAUUGUUUUUUCUCAUCUCUGCAUGUGCCCCUGAGCCUUGCUGCACAGCUUUAAUUACUAUAUUUAAAGCUUGUUGGACCAGUCCUAGACUCCGUCCUCCUGCUCUGAGGUCUUAGUUGCCGCCUCUGCAACGGCGGGACAGACUGGUGCCAAGUUGCAUAUGGUGUGUUGUUCAGCAUGAGCGUGAUGCAAAGGACUCAGACACCAAGAGAGAAACUAAGUGUGUGUGUGCGUGUGGAAGGAGUUGGUGACGACUUACCAGCUGCAGCGCUGCGUGAAUGAAGCUAUGCCUGCCGGCCAACCAACUGUAAAACGCAAACAGCAAUGCAAGUGUGACAUGCCUCUGUACCCAAUGUGUGUACGGUGCCUGCCCUGGAAAUGCGUAGAAAAAAACAUGUAACACACGUGUAUUAUGUAAAAUAUACAAGGAAAACAAGCUUCCUUUUAAGGUAAAAAGUUAAAACACAUUUGUGUUCCUUCAAAAGAAAGACUGUACAAUUUGCAUGUAAUGUGUCUGUGAAUGCAAAUGUAACUUUAAAGGAAGAAACGCUGAGCACAUGGCAUACAGCUGAAGAGGAAACGUGUAACUUUAUACAAAUUUACAUGAUUUAAACUACCUUCAUUUUCGUGUGUGUGAUGUUUAUGCCAGCCACGAGCAAGUCUUAAAGAACAAGGAAGACAAAAUACUAAGUUUCCAAUUAUUAAUCACAUGCUUGAGUAAAGGAGAGUUCGUUUAAAUUUUUGAUCGCAGUGAAGAACUCGACCAGCAUUUAGUAACGCGUUCCAGGUAAAAACAUGUCCAUGGCCCUUAGAUUUUGGUGCGAAGUACAAAAUCCUGCAUGUCAUUACAAAUGUCAAAGGUUAAAGCUGUACUUCCUGUUCAGUGCCCUUAAAUGCCAAAAAUAAUCUUAGUACACAACUGUUUACCUUUGUACCUAGUUUUGGACUGUACAGUAUUUGCAACAAGCUCUUAUGUUUACAGAUGGACAAACACACCUGUCGUUCAGGUGUUGCCCCUUAGUUUCUUCCCCCUGAAUGCUCUUUGUUGAAGCAACAUAAAGCGUAGCUACGAUUACCUUAGGGCAUUAUGCAAAAAAAUCAUGGUACAAAAGCCCUAAUAGCAUCAAACAUUUUCAAAUGAUCUCAUAGGGCAACCAUAAAAGAUGUCUUGUAACACUUUCGUAUAUCUACUCUGAAACUGGUUGCUUUGGGAGGGUCAUAACGCAGUCAGACUUUUGUGCAACCACUAUAUCAUCCCACUAAAGGAAAGUUAAACAACGCAGGUACUUGCUAUGCGCCAAGUGUCGAAACAGUGUUAGAACAGUGGUGCUGAGGAGUCAACGUGUUGCAAGGGAAAAGGAUGAGGCCUUUUUUUAAAUCUCGUUAUAGAAUGUAAAGUUGGUCAUUUCUGCUGCUGCCAUUUUUAAGUUUUAAAGCUAUUACACAUAAUUUAUGGGGAAAGAUAAACCAUCAUCUGGUAUUGCAAAGAGAGGUAAGCCUUUGCCAAGGCCUUAUGCACUAGAAUCAAACGCUAGAGUUGAACAAUCCUGUGGACUGCAUGGCUUAAGCUAGUUUUAUAGCGAUUUUUGAAUCGUAAAGACGAAGUGCACUGAUUAAUGCAUUUAUUUCUAGUCCGUUUAUGUACUAGUUUAUGUAUGUAGUAUGUUUACUACUGUACUUCAUGUGAAUGCUGUCCCCCCCACCCCCUGUGAAGUCUUACCCCUCCUCCUAAAACUGGUCUUGCAUACCUAAUUUUAGAAUGUAGUAGACUGUAUUAAAUGUCAACAUCUUCUAGCAUCUGCUGUAUAACUAGUUACACGCCCUUCAUUAUUCUGCUAAUGGACAAUCCCAGAAACAAUUUUCUGUUGGUUUCGGCGACUCGUUGGAACGUAUUCUGUUUAUGGUCUGUCGGAAAAAGGCUGUUUUGGUUUGGAUCGCUUUCAAGUCAAGAGAUGUUCAUAUAUGUUUCUUUCGGCUCCGUAAUAAGAAAAAGUAUCUCUUAGUGUUCUAAACUUCACAAAGGUUCAGACCCGGUGGGCAUGCUGUGUCACUGAUCUUCAUCAGCAACACAGACAUGACUGUAAGCAACCAAUCGUUUUGUUCCACACCUUUUCUGUUCUUCAUUUACUUAAUGAAUGAAAAGUAAAGUGAGGGAGCAGUUCAUUCAGAGAACAGACUCAACCGCCACACAGAAGUUCUUAGACAUUCUGUGCAACUGUAAAUAGCUGUAGCUAACAUAAGUUUGCUAGUUUGAACAGAUCCCGAUUGGUUUUUUUUGUUCUUGCCUGGAAUGUUCUACCUAAUGAGAGGAGGCGGGGAGGAAUGUGCCACAUUGGCAGUUACAGAGGGGGUGCAGGUGUCUUAUGGGGAGAGACUCCCAAUUCUCUCUGCAAACAGAGAAGGACUCACUCUGGACACAAGUCCCAAGGAUGUGAAAGCACGUGUAGCACAACCGUGUCUUGUUUUGCUGUUAUUUACAUAGCUGAAGCUUGGAUUUCUUUUUCAUAUAUUGUCCUAUGACGACUGUGGAUGUUUUACUUUCUCUCAUUUGUGUGCAUCAUAAGCCUAUAUAUACAGGAAGUGACACUAGUGUAUGAUUUAUGCUACAACCCGUGGCUGUGGUUUUGCUUGGAGGUGGAAAUUUGCCAAAGGUGAUAGUAACUGCUGCCUUUUUAUUUAUUUUUUAACAUUAUUUCUAGUUAGUUGAACAUGGUCCUGCCCACGUGCCAUCCAAUCAAGCAAUAAAUACAACCAGAUGAAACAAGGGAAGAAUAAAAUGCUAUUUACAAGGAUUUUUUUAAAACACUAAAUGCUGCAUUGACAUUAUUAUGUAUCCCCUACAUCGAACCAACUUCUGUCAGUGGUGCCGAUUUGAUUGAUUUUAUCAAAGCCUGGGAUGGACUUUGUAAACUGUUUUAUGUCCUUUUUGUAUUUGUUCUUUAAAGAGUCCCCCCCCCCCCCCCCCCCCCAAAAAAAAGCAAAAGUUGAAAUGCACAGGUGUACCUCUGCAUAUUUGUACAGAAGCCAAUAAGAAAUGACAUGAGGGGAAGAUAGAAGCUGAGGAUUGAGCAGUUCAAGCAGUUGGGGAAAAACAAAAACCAACACGUUCAUCAUUAAGACCACUAGAAACAUGCUGCAGUAGCAUGUCAAUUGUCUCGUACAGUUAAAAUUUCAAGUAUUUCUUUAGUAAUUGUAAAGCUGCAAAGUACAUUUGACUGUAAAUAGCCCCUUUGGGGGCACUUUUUACUCCUUUUGUAACUCAGAGUGUUUAUUUUGAACAGAUAGAUAAUUAUUAUAGGCUGUGUCUCAAAUAGGCUAGGCGACGGAACGUUCGCCGAGGGAGUGGCGGGAAUUCAUGAAGUCUAGGCCUGUCCAAAUUCACAGCCGUUAACAUCCGGUGUCUACUUGGCUGACGGAGGACCCAGCCCACAUCGGCCGAGUAGGCUGGGUCCUUCGAAGGAUGCAGACCCUGAAUUGAGACAGUGAGACAAAUACGAUCCAACAAAAUGAUCCUAUUUGAAGCGGUUUGAAGCCCGUGUUGUAACCCUGUCCAUAUCCAAAACCAACAACAGGUUUGGGCCGAGCCUUUCUUGUCCCCAUCAGCUUGAACUUCAAAAUCGGAGGAGCAGCAGUGGCUGUGUUAGUUUGUAGCUGUCCUGGCACUCUGCCCCGGAGCCUCAUCAUGGUUGUUGUCCGUUGCCAAGGAAACCAGGCUGCACAAAGCAUGGCAGGAGGCAGACGUGCAGCCACGCUGAGGCUCGGCAGACCGCUCGACCUCUGUAGAUGCAAGGCAGGAGGAACUGAUAGAUGGACGAGUCAAGUCAAGGGGGUUAAAAGUCUAGAUGCUUUUCCGAGAGCUUAAUGAGGAAAAUCAAGGAAAGAAUAGCAGUGAAUAAAUCGUGGCUGGGCUCAUAUAUAUGUAUAUAUAUAUAUAUAUAUAUAUAUAUAUAUAUAUAUAUAUAUAUAUAUAUAUAAACAUGGCGUUUAUGAGACAUUAUCAGAAUCUCAGUGAAACUCCCCCUCAUGUCACUCCUCUGGAUGAAAUCUGACACCUGCAUCACUAUUAUAAUUGUGACUUUUAACCCUUUCUUUUCUACUGAAAACAACUGGAACACUGUAUAGAUGUAAAGAUGGGAUUUCUUGCAUUGACGAUUGAAACAUGGAUGUACAUAUAUUGUAUUAAAAUAAAAAGCCAGCACAUCAAGCUUUUACAUGC